CAAAUCUUAAACCGAAAGCAAUUUCACAAAAAGAAACUGCUCAACUCAACCACAAGAAAACGAAAUGAAAGAUGAGAACAGUCUCGGCCGCCCCAUAAUCAGAGUUGAGACCAUGGAUCCUCCCUAUCACCACCACCAACAACACCAACACCAACACCAACACCAACACCUCCCAAGGUAUGUGCCUUUCCCUUCUUCCAUGCAACAAACUCCCGAUCUUUAUGGAUCCCGCCACCACACCCACCACCACCACCUUCCUCCGCCACCUCCUCCUCAACAACUGCCAUCAUCUCAACACCAAUCAUACCACACUCUCCCUCCCCCGCCGCAACCUCCGCCUCCAUCUCUUCAACAUCAACUUUACCAUUCCCACCAUCCACAGUUAACCCACUCCUCCAAUUUCAACCCUAACCCUAAUUCUACCCACCAAUUCCACGAACUCCCACAUCGGCCUGCUUUUGAAAAGGAACGUUCUCACCGGGUACCUGAUUUUGACACCCGGGCUGAUUUCUGGGUCGAUAGUCGAGGGCCAAGGCAGCAUCCAGUUGCUAGUUUGGAUCGGGAGUCGCAUUAUCAUCAACUUGAUCGAAGGCCUCCGACGAUUGAUAGUUUAAGGUAUGAUUUAGAGGUUAGUUCUAGGCAUAGGAAUGAGUAUGAUGGUGAUCGGUUUGAGCAAAAUCAGAGAGUAGUAGGAGAGAACUUUGUUGGGGUUCAUGGUGACCGUCAAGGUCCCGACAGAUCUUCUAGGGAUUUUAGGAUUGUUCAAAAGAGAUUUGAGUUGAACACGGCCAACCGUGAUAACAGAUAUGAAUCAUCUUAUGAUCACGAAGUGAUUAGUGGAGGGGUGCCUGAUGUGAUGACUGAAAGCGUGAGAUGGGCUCAGGAUAGACAGGUAUUGAGGGACGCACACCUCCGUGAUGAGUUAAUUGAAUUGGGGAAUGGUGAUAUUGGUAAUAGGGAUGAACCGCGGAUUUUUCCUAGGAAACUUGAUUAUCAUGAUUCUGAAGCAGAAAGGUAUGGUGAUAGAGGUAGCAGAGAGGGUAGUCAUGAAUAUAAUCGCAUUCCAAGAAAGCAAAUACCGAGGAGGAGUGCAUUGCAGAGGAUUCAGGUUCCAAAACCCAAUCAUAGGGGCAGAGAAGAUGAAAGGUCGCAUUACAUGAGUUAUUCUAGUGAGGUCAAGUCAGGUGCUUUUAGGGGGAAGGAUCAGCUUGCACAUUCGGAUCAUGGGAUGGGAGAGAAAGAAAGAGAAGGAAGUGUUGUAGAGCUUGAUGUGUCCUUCAAAUCCAAUUCACUGGUAGCCAAAGCAAUUGUGGCACCUUCACCUUCUAGUUCUGAAGCUGUUUCUGAUACAAGUUUGACACCUAGGGCUAGCAAGAUUAGGAAAGUCAUGGCAUCUAAUAAGGAUAGUUCAAGUUCACAAUUGACUAAAGUGAAUGAGGGUUCAAUAGAAGUGGAUGAUUCCACUCGUGAUGGCAAUAAUGCUUCCAGUUCUGAACACUUAAAACAGUCUGAGGCAAAAGGUGCUUCUGGUAUUGUUAAUAGGAAGGAUAGUGUUACAAAGUCGUGUUCAAGUGUGACAGAUGUUUCACUUAGAAAGAGUAAGGUCCAAAAAUCACCUAAAGUUGCUGUAACACUAGAUGGUCCUUCACGUGUUGCAAGUAAUGCUUCUACUUGUGACAAGGAUCCCAAACAUUCUGCUGGGAAAGUGAAAUCUUCUGGUACUGGGAACCUAAGAGAUGGUGGUUUGCAAUCUUCUUCUGGUGGGCUUAAUGUUACACCUGCAGAGAAAAGAGUUGAUAUUGGUGGCCCUUCACAGGUUGCAAGUAAUGCCUCCACUCGUGAGAAGGACCCUAAACAUUCUGAGGGGAAAGCCAAGUCUUCUGUUACUAGUAACCAAAGAGAUAGUGGUUUGCAAUCUUCUUCUAGUCAGCUCAAUGUUACACUUGCAGAGAGAAAAGUUGAGGCUUCUCAUAAGAGCAUCGUCCCAGAAAAAGAUGGUGCUAAUGUUUGUAACACACCACCAGUCAAGGUUCUGAAAAAGAAGAAGAAAGUUGUGAAGAAACGGGUGGUGAAAAAAGUAGAUGCCUCUGCUCAUGGUCCAGCUGCUACCCGUGUGUCAGAUGCAGGUGUUUUACCUUUGAAAAAGAAACUACCUCCUGUUGCUGCUAAAUUGGAGCACGGCAUUGAUCCACAAUGCUGUCCUGUAUCUGACAAGAUUGUUUCACCUUUGAAAAAAGAACCUUCUGUUGAUGCAGAAUUGGGGCCCAGUGUUGAUCCACAAUGUUGUCCUGUGUCUGACAAGGGUGUUUCACCUUUGAAAGAAGAAUUACCUACUGCCUAUUCAAGUUUAGUGCACAGUGUUGAUCUGCAGCAUUGUCCUAAAGGAGCAAAUCUGCCUCCUGAUAACGAGAGAACGGAUGGAGCCUUGGGUACAGUCAUGGAGGAAGUUUUCCCUGCUGUGGAUCCUCAUGGAUCAUCUGCUGAAAAGAUUGACAGGAAGAGGAAGAGUUUAUCUCCUCCACUGAGUUCUACAGGUAAGGAAGAGGCCAAAAUUCAUGCGAUUUCUUUAAAUGCUGCAAGUUCCAGCCAUGGACUGCAUACUGUCUCAAAUAUUGAGGAGGAUAGUAUUGAAUCAUUGAAGACUGCUUCCAUUGCUGGUAGUGUUGGAGAUUUUAGUCAACAGUGUUGUGAGAACAGAAGCAACAAUAGUUCUGGUUUGGUAAGGUCAGAGGAAAAUACAGUUAAUGAGGGUGUUAUAGAUACAAAUAGCUCAUUUAAUGGUAUGGUUAGGUCCACUGACGUUGAUGGUAGUUUAAUUUGUGGUGCUAGUACUGUGGAUGCUUGUAGCAAGCAUGGUUGUGCUGAUUGCACUAGUCCAUUUGUCAAGACUGGUAUUAUAGAGGGGUUCCCAACAUCUAAUUUUUCCACAGAAAGCAGUGAAAUUGCCAUUCUUCCUUGUUCAGAUGAAACUGGACUUCAAAUUGGUCCGGUUGAUAUGGACUGCUCUAACCACCCCAGAGGUUCCAUCUCCAAUCUUGACAGCAGUUAUACCAAUUCCAUGCAGAGUAAGCAUGAUAUAGGUGAUGACUUUGGAGGGCACUUGUCUCCUCAAGGGGUUACAAUAUCUCAUGAGAAUGGUGUCAGCCAAGGAUCCCCCAAUGCUAUACCAUCAGUUGGCAGAGAGGAAGAUAUGCCUGAUUUCCUGAAACUCAUAUCUCAUGAGAAUGGUGGCACAGAGGGAUCCCCCACUGCUAUACCAUCAAUUGGCAGAGAGGAAGAUAUGCCUGAUGUUUUGAAUAAGACAAAAACUGGGAUUGCUGAGUCUGUCAACUCAAGCUCAUUGUGUUCUGGUAUAGCUAUGGCAUCUGCAGAUCUGGUUAACUCUGCAAAUUGUUUGGAAACAACCUUAAGUUUAUCUAAUAAAGAUCCUACACCUUCAGACACUGCUGAUGUUGGUUGUCUAGACAUUGCCUUGCAGUGUUGUGUCAAUGAAAUUACUGUGGGUCAUGAGAGUGGUUCAAGGGAUACCUUUUCAGAGGCUAAGGUUUCAAUUAAAAAUAGUAUAGAUGUUAGUCCAGAUGAGUGUUCAGAGGAGAAUAAAAAACAGAAUGUCUUUUCUUCUUUUUCUAGUCUUACAGAAUCUGUAAUCAGGGAGGGAAUUACAGUUGCUGAGAUGGCCACGUGUGAUGUACAAUUACCAGCCAAUUCUGAUGAUCAUCUGUUACAAUCAGAACAGGAACUUACAAUAGCUAGCACUGAUGCUCUUAUCACUGCUGGUUUGCCACCAAUGUCAGGGAGUCCUGUAUUGUUGAACAAUUCUGCAGAUGGAUCUUCUCUGACUAUGGGAUUAAGAAAUGUCUCUAGGAAUGAUAAUUUGACUGUGGAUUGCCCUAGAGUUGAUUCUUAUUCAGCUUUUGUGGAAUCAGCUGCUGCAAGCCCAUUAUUUCUUUGUUUGUCAAGACCACGAUGUGAUCAGUUGUCAAUGGUAACUCCUGCUACAGCUGUGCGUGGUGAUCCAAUGGAUAUUGAUGGUGAAAAUGACAAAAAUGCAGGUGCAGGUGCGGAAUCUGCAGGAGAGCAAACCAUUAUUUGUUAUAACGCUGCCCAAUCUGGAACCCCUCCAGAAAACCAGUCUUCCCAAUUUGAUCAGAGAUUGCUGAGCCCUUAUGCAGAACAAUAUGAAAGUUAUCCUUUUGUUAAGGAAGAUUUACCUUCUGUAACAAAUUCUUCAGUUGUUGAUGGAGUUCCCACUACCAGGUCUGAUGAUGAACUGAUGCCUGUACCAGGUCUUCUAUCUCUUGUGGCUUCUCCAGAAGUCUGCAAUACCUUGAUGAUGUCUCAAUUGGCUGGGGAAGCCUCAGAAAGCAAAAAAUCAGUACAGAAGAUCUAUGGUGCUGGUGAAAGUAAUCCAGAUGAGAAGACUGUGAUUGAAGGUGAUUCUUUGUAUCCCCAGAAUUCUGAGAAUGAAUUGAACCCAAUUGAUGCAAUGGAAAUGGAUCAUUCAGUUGCUGGUAAGUCUGGUGCAUCACCAUCAGAGGAUUCUAAAAAUACAACUCAAGUACAAAAUCCUAGAAGAGGAGCCCAUGGUGGUAAAAACCAGCCCAAUCAUGCUGUUCAAAGAAAUUAUCUUAGUCGCUCACCAUUUUUUACUCCAAAAAAUAUAGUUUUGUCUGCCAGAACAUGGCAUCGACCUGGUAAUUCUACUUCACUUCCUGGAAACUAUCCUCCCUUGAGUACUGUUCCUUCAAAAAGGCUGAUACCAAAAAAAGUUCCAAAAUUUCCACCUGCUCCUUACAUUCGUAAAGGCAACAGUCUUGUUAGAAAUUCUGCUAGUUCUUCAGUUUACCGGUUGAACAGUUUGGAUGUGGAUGAGAUGAAGAAAGGCACAGGAGGUGACAGUAGGGCUGAUGUUGCUGACUCAUUAGAUUUGCUGCCAUCAGGAGUGAAUGCACCUUUUGAGAGGCCCAGAGCACCCCCAUUACCCAGUCUCACCAAAGUUCUGAAUCAUCCAGCCAAUUCUUCAGGAGAUUAUACCCCAUCCCCGUUAGCAGAACCUUCUCUCAGCGAUUACUGUGAACCCAGAGAUCAUACAAGUCCCUUGGAAACUGAUGAUAUGCUGAAUUUGUCAGAGGAUGGAAUGAAGAAUUUUGAAAUUCUAAAUGAAAAUAGUUCAGUUAACAAUUUGGAUAGUCGAACUGAACAUAAUGGUGAAAACCUCGUUUCUUCAAUUGUGAGGAGUAUAACUUAUGUAAAGCCAAAAUCAAAUCAGUUGGUUGCAACUUCAGAUCAACAUAAUGCAUACAUUCACAAUGCUGGGAAGAACCAAACUUUUUCCUCCCUCUAUGAUGGCUACUACAAGAGGAGCAAGAAUCAGUUAAUUAGAGCAGCCGUGGAGAGUGAAAAGAAGCAAACAGUUAUGAUUCUUGAUGAAAAAUCAAAUUCAGGCAGACAAGCAACUCCCAAAGUUAUCUCUGGUAGAAAUUUUAGCAAGAGGCACUCUCAAAAAGUGGUAGCAAGGAACUAUAAACGUUCCAAAUUUUCUAUGGUGUGGACGCUACGUGGUGCACAGUUAUCAAAUAACCACAGUGAUUCAUUGUGUCCGAAGGUCUUUCCUCAACUGUUCCCCUGGAAGAGAGUAACUUACUGGAGAAGUUUCAUCAAUUCAGUUUCUUGGCGUAACAGUUCCUUAUCUGUAAUUAGUCGAAAAUUGCUGCUGUCAAGAAAAAGGAAUGCUGUUUACACAAGAUCAAUUAAUGGAUUUUCUCUUCGAAAAUCAAAGGUGUUAAGUGUUGGCUGUUCUAGUUUGAAAUGGUCUAAAUCCAUUGAGAGCCGCUCAAAGAAAGCUAAUGAGGAAGCUACCCUAGCAGUUGCUGCAGCAGAGAGGAAGAAAAGAGAGCAAAGUGGUAUUGCUUGCACUCCUUAUGGCACAGACAACAAAAUUAAUUCCUCCAAUAAGUCAGUUUGUGGUACAGUGCUUCGGCCUGGGGAACGCAUAUUCCGCAUUGGUUCCGUUCGCUACAAAAUGGAUUCUUCAAGACGAACGCUUCAGAGAAUAUCAGAUGAUGAAUCUUCAUGUUCUGCUGGUUUCCCCUCAGAAAACAACACAAAGAAAUCUUUUGUUCCAAGGAGAUUAAUUAUUGGCAAUGAUGAGUAUGUUCGAAUUGGAAAUGGUAAUCAGCUUGUUAGAGAUCCAAAGAAACGCACUCGCAUUUUGGCUAGUGAAAAAGUUCGUUGGAGUUUGCAUACUGCCAGAUUGCGAUUGUCAAAAAGGCGAAAGUACUGUCAGUUUUUCACAAGAUUUGGUAAAUGCAACAAAGAUGAUGGGAAGUGCCCCUAUAUUCAUGAUUCCUCAAAAAUUGCAGUCUGCACAAAAUUUCUUAAGGGUCUAUGUUCGAAUCCAGACUGCAAAUUGACUCAUAAGGUCAUUCCUGAAAGAAUGCCAGAUUGUUCAUAUUUUCUGCAAGGUCUAUGCACAAAUGAAGACUGUCCUUACCGGCAUGUACAUGUGAAUCCAAAUGCCUCUACAUGUGAAGGAUUUCUCAGGGGCUAUUGUGCUGAUGGCAAUGAGUGUCGGAAGAAGCACAGCUAUGUCUGUCCCAUUUUUGAAGCAACAGGAUCCUGUUCUCAAGGAUCCAAAUGCAAGCUUCACCAUCCCAAGAAGUGGAGCAGGGGCAAGAAAAGCCAGCGAUCAAGGGAAAACAAGAAUGCACAUGGGAGGUACUUUGGUUCCAUGCAUGUUGACAUUUUAGAGCCAGGAAGAGUGUUGGCUGAGAGAGAACCAAGAGUUGACGAUAAUUUAUCUGAAGGACAAUUUUCUGAUUAUAUUAGCCUUGAUGUUAGCGAUGAAGAAGCGAGGGAAAGUUGUGAUGCAAUGAGUGAGCAAGCAAUCGGUGGCAAUGAUGAUCCCUGGGAUUCACAGUUAGAUGAUCUUGAUGAGCUUAUCAAACCUAUUGGUAUAAUGAAUCGGAUCUAGACAGCAUGAUGAUCAUCUUUUUGGAAAAGCUUCUCAAGUGUGAUGACAUAUGGAGAGCUAACCUAUUGGUAUAACGAAUCGGAUUCAGUCAGCAUAAUCAUCUUUAUAGAGCAACUUCUCAAAUGUGAAGACAUGUGAGCUAUAACCAAUCGGUAUAAUGAAACAGAUUCAGACACAGCAUAAUCAUUCUUCUCAAGUGUGAUGACAUGUGAGCUUAUCAUGUGGGAGUUCCAUCAGUUUGUUGUAAAGAUGGCACACAGGGUUUACUUAGAUUUCCUUAGGCUUUCAUCCUUUUUGGUUCUUUUUCUUUUUUCAAAUCCUCUUUUUUACAGGGGAUGAUAUAUUUUCACACAAACCCUGUGUAUGGAUUCUGAAAUUAAAUGAAAUCUAAUCUAAAGA